CGCGCGAAAGAGAGUACAUUGUAGCUGUCCUGCGGCGUGCACUGUACAUAGAUUGCAAUAUAUGCAACAUCACUUUAUAUGCAAACAUCUAUUUCUUCGCAUAUUAGCGAUUCCCAACAAUAGAGGAGUGACCUCACAAUAGUAUUUUUAUAAACCCUGUAAACUACAACCUGUUUAAGUGCAAGCGAGCCCGAUGUUGACCUCCAAGCUAUUGACUCUGGUGUUAGUGGUGCAGCCGGGGCGUGUGCUGCUGGGAAUGAAGAAAAGAGGAUUUGGCGCAGGGAAGUGGAACGGCUUUGGAGGGAAAGUACAACCCGGGGAGACCAUUGAACAAGCAGCCAGGCGGGAGCUGUUGGAGGAAAGUAGUCUUACAGUGGAUUCAUUGGACAAGAUAGGAAACAUAAAAUUUGAGUUUGUGGGAGAAACGGAGCUGCUGGAUGUUCAUAUUUUCAGGGCCGACUCUUUCAAUGGAGACCCAGCUGAGUCUGAUGAGAUGCGGCCCCAGUGGUUUGAGUGGGAGAAAAUCCCCUUUGAUCACAUGUGGGCAGACGACAGGCUAUGGUUUCCGCUCAUGCUGCAAAAGAAGAAAUUCCUGGGCUAUUUCAAGUUUCAGGGACACGAGUUGAUCCUCGAACACAAGCUUGAGGAGGUGGAAAAGCUUUGAGUGAGCAUAUGCAAUGGCAUUCGGAAGAGCCUUGCUCCCACUGAUACUGAAACCAGUGGUGUUAUUUGUUCUGGACAAAGUAAUGAUUACACAUCACUUUGUUACAGAUUGUUCUGUCGGGUUUCAAAUGUAGGUAUCAAAACUGGCACGAUUCCUGCAUAUGAAGUUUUCUUAAUAUUCGGUUGGAACUCCAACCGAAGUGAAGGGGUUGACCAACAUCUUGUUCAUGAAAAGCUGCUUUGGCACAACAAGGCCGAAUUUCACAAAUCGGAAUAAAGAUUGGCAAUCAAGUGAACGUGGUCAAGAAGACCUUGACCACUCACUGAAGAUGUUAAUAGAUUCAUAAAUAUAUCUCACACGACAUGCCUCCCAGAUCCUCCUAUUGGCAGCUUUUUGUUUAGCAGCCUUGAGAAAAGCAUUCCUUUUGAGCACAUGUGUGCGGAACAUGUCUGGGGCAAGGCUGAGUGUGAGAGUGCCAGUUUUGCGGAAAUCUGUUUGUCCCAGCUGAUGGGCUUUGUGCCUGUGCUUUGCUACAGGCAACCCAGGUAGUUCAAUAACGCUCUGAGGCCUUUAUGAACUAUGAACUAUGAAUAUGUGAUAAAUGUUUGAGCUGUGUGCCUUUUUUGUGGAUUUUUCUUUCAAAAAAAACAUAAUCGGUUUAGCCCAGUGGCCAUCCAUUUAACCCAUUCAAAAUGUCAUUCCCUGCUGUAGAUGGAAAUGGACACCUAUGGUGGCUUCUGGCCCUUUCUAUGUCUUGCGAUAUUUCAUUCUAGUUUCUUAAAUCUCUGUUUCUGCUUCUACUGUAGUUUUGAAAAUGGUUUUUGUGGAAGCUGUUUUUCAUGUCGUUCUGAAUCCAAAUGGCAGGACCACUGUAUUUUCUGUAUAGCAGCUGGUGUUUGACCAAGUGCCAAUAGCAGGUUAGUACUGAAUGUAUAUUGGAGGCAUAUGAGGAAGGAGAACACCACUGGUUACAGUUAGCAUGAAUGCUCAUGUGGAAUCAGUCACUGUCACGUGACCUUCAGAGUGAACUUUUUGUUCAAUAAAAAAAACAGUUACU